AAUCCGGAUGUAAAAUGGUAUUUAAGUAACAAACCUCCUAUCGAUGCUUCACAUGCAAAUAUAGAAAAACAUCUUUUGCACUCGAGCAAAGAACCUUUAGUAGUCCAAAAAUGAAAGCUAUUAUUCUUUCUGUGUUCUUCUCUUGUGGUCUUGCGGUGGUCUCUGCAGCAGCUUGCUCCGACCAAACAAGCUGUGCAGCUGGGCAAUGUUGUGCAGGAAUUCCAUUUUUUGGUGGUUUAUGUCGAGCAUUCACACCAUUAGGCCAAAAAUGCAAAGUAAAUGAUGUCAUACUCCCAAUGUUUGGUGACUUCUACAUUGGUUCCUGUCCUUGCGCUGAGGGCUUAGUGUGUGUGCAAUCAGGGAAGAAGAAGAAUAGCGGUACUUGCCAGUUGCCUCCAACUACUCCUGCUCCUACUCCUGCCCCUGCCGAAGAUUCCGGCUCAGCUGAAGGGGGAUCUGACAAUUCUGCCUCAAGCGGAAGUUCCGAAAGUGGUACUGGCUCUGCAGAAAAACCUACAGAAGUAUCAGAUGGAUCUUCUUCAGCUGACAAACCUGGGUCAGAUGCUUCGAAUCCAGCAGGCAGUUCUGAGGGUUCUUCGUCAUCAGCUGAAAAGCCCGGCUCAGCUUCAGGAGAAGGCUCAGACGCUUCUGGUGCUGCUUCUCAGUCGGCCGAAAAACCUGCAGAUUCAGGAGCUUCUUCAGCUGAAAAGCAAGAAGGCUCAGAUGCUUCAUCCCCAGUAGAAAAGCCAGCAGGUUCAGGUAGUCCCUCGGGGGAACAGUCUCAAGGGUCUUCUUCAGCCGAACAGCCUCAAAGCGCUGCCUCAGAUGAACAAUCUCAAGGCUCAGCUUCACCCGAACAAGCUCAAGGCUCUUCCUCUGUUGAGCAAUCCCAAAGUUCUUCCUCAGUUGACCAGUCUCAAGCUUCAGGCGUGCAACCUCAGGUUCCAGAAACUUCAGCAGAAGAUUCUGGUUCCGCAGCUGCGGAAUAGAAUGCAGAGGUUUUUAAUUACGAAGAAUACUUAAAUAAAGCUUAAAUUAAAAGCGCCUUGUAUCUAGACUAAACAAUUGCUUGACCUGAUCUUGUUCAUUAUACUAAAUUUUCCAUGGGGACUUCUUUCAUUCAGAGCUUAAAGUGUGUUUCGGUAAACGGAUUUCACAAACUAAAGAUUUUAUGCUCGAGGUUCCUAAAGGGCAUUUCGUAAUGCAAAUAAAUGCAUAUUAAUUAUACAUAUAAGUACACACACAAACACAUAUAUGUAUACUGUAAAGAUGUUUUUAAACCACUUGUAAGUGAAUAAAUAAAGCAUUAUUUGUUUGCAUUA